GCCAAUUGAAAGUCCUGUGGCCGCUCCGAGGGUCAAACCCUGACAACCUUGGAAGUUACCUAGAUACCAAGGCAUGUAUUCCGUGCACUGCGGUGCAGCCCAUGACAUCACACCAAGCCACCACUGCCACACGCCGUUACGAAGCGACAUGUCUCACGGCGAGAAGGUAACGCGUGUUCUGUUCGAGGGGCGUACAUGACAGCGUGCAACUCCGAGUUGCACCUCCCGAUGCGACCCUGCAUCACUGCGCCCUCGAAGCAAGAGUGAACAUGUUUUCCAAGCUCAAGAACCUCGCCGAAAAGGGGCAGGCGUCGAGCCCCCAGUCCGACCACGACAAGGGAGAGUCGCUCACCACCAUCCUCCCUACGCGAGAGGACAGGGCGAACCUCCUGCUUCUCAUUGCGGGCCUGAUCGAGGUGAUGCGAGUCCAGCUUGUCGAUACCUUCGACCCCAACAAAAUUCAGAGUGCUACACCGCUCAAGAUUGGCCGCUCCCUGGAUCACGUCGGCGAGGAUACUGCCCUGGAAAUCAAGCCCGAAGACGCAGAUCAGAGUAUUCCUGGGCAGGAAGAGGCUGCAGAUGAUGCACCCAACACCGAGCCCGUAGACGAUACCAAGACAAAGGCGGAGAAGCGUAACGAUGCAGCCGAGAAGGCGAGGAAGGCCUUGGAGAAACGGACCAAGGAGCUUGCCAGGCCAGAGAUUGUGGGGCUGAAGGAGGCCGCACUCGCUCAUUUCGACGACUGGCGUGACAAAGUUAUGCAGCGCAUUGGAGAGGCGGUCAAUCAGCGCCAUGACGGGGAGGAGGGAGGUCACCAGGACCACCAGGACCGCCAGUCCCGUCCCUCGAGCCAACAAAAGCCAGACCCGGCAGGAGAGUCGCUACAGAGCAUCUUUCCUCCGCUCGAGACUCCGCUCACUUCGCUCAGUGAUGCCCGGCGCGUUCUGAUUAUGCAUUCAAUCUUGCUCAUCCUGCUAGGACUGGAGUCUUACCCAGCCCAAUCCAGAGUAAUGAUGCUUCGGCUCGCAAGCUCAUUAGGGUUAUCCAUGAAUCUCCUCGCCCAGGAUGAGAUAUCGGUGGCCAAAGGGCUCCUGGAGGCCGCGAAACAGCAGAUGGACGCGGAUGAAGAGACCAAGAAGAAGGUCCAGGAGGGCUCAACAGCCAGGAAGUGGAAGGUUGGCCUCGGCGCAGUGGCAGGGGCCGUCCUCAUUGGAGUGACAGGUGGCCUCGCUGCCCCCUUGCUCGCUGCUGGAGUCGGGACCGUCAUGGGUGGUCUGGGACUCGGUGCAACUGCCACCGCGGGAUACCUGGGCGCCUUGGCCGGCUCAGCGCCUCUCGUCGGCAUCCUCUUCGGCGCGUAUGGCGGGAGGAUGACCGGGAAAAUGGUGGAUGAGUAUGCAAAGGAGGUCGAAGACUUCGCGUUCAGACCAAUCAACAAACCUUCCCUUUUUCAGCGAGGUAAACAGGACGAAAAGAACUCCAGACACCUCCGCGUGACUGUGGGCAUCUCAGGGUGGCUCGUUGAAGCAGACGAGGUCGUGUCCCCCUGGCAAGCGAUCAGUGGGCGAAGUACGGAAGCGUUCGCUCUCAGAUGGGAGCUCGACGCUUUGCUCCGGCUGGGAUGCGCCCUGAAUACUUACAUCAAAAGCUAUGCCUGGGGCUUCGCCAAGAAGGAGAUUCUGAGCCGCACUGUAUUCGCAACACUUGCUUCGGCCCUGACCUUACCCUAUGCUCUCGCCAAGGCUUCGCGUGUCAUCGAUAACCCCUUCAGUGUCGCGGUGUCACGAAGUGAGAAGGCAGGCAAGGUUCUGGCCGAUGCCCUCAUAAACAAGGUCCAAGGCGAGCGGCCGGUCACGCUUAUAGGCUACUCGCUCGGUGCAAGGGUCAUCUACACCUGCCUCGCUGAGCUCGCGGACCGCAAGGCGUUCGGCUUGGUAGAAUCGGUCUGCCUCAUUGGCUCAGCUGCUCCAUCUGACCCUAUCGUCUGGCGGAAAAUACGCUCCGUUGUCGCAGGUCGCGUGAUCAACGUGUUUUCCACCAAAGACUACCUGCUCGCCUUCUUAUACCGCGCCAACAGCUUCCAGUACGGUAUUGCCGGCCUGCAAGCGAUCCGCGAGGCCCAGGGGAUCGAGAAUGUUGACGUGUCCGACCUUGUCGAUGGGCACACGCAGUAUAGGUUCCUGGUGGGGGCGAUCCUGGCGAAAUUAGAUCUCGAGGAUAUCGAUGGGGAGGUCGUCGAAAACCAGAUGAAGAAGUUGAAGCGUCAGGAGAAAGAGGACAAAGAAGCGCGCUCGCGCAAGGAAGCGGAGGGCAAGUCCGCCGAGGAAGAGGCUGACGAGAUGGAAAAGGAAGUUGAGCAAAAGAGCAAAGCGGCUAAGGCGAUGGACUGGGUGGGCAACAAGGUAUCUGGCAUCAACAAGAAGCCCACGCCAACAGAGAACGUGAAAACGGAGGAAGACAUGAUGCGCGAGGGUGAGAAGCGAUAGUUUAUACCGGGCUGGAUAUCAUUAUCCUUCCUGCGUCGCAUGGCUAAGGUCAUGACGAGUAAAACACAAUUAGAGAAGACCAAUCAAGUUAUUUUACCCGAGGUCACAUAAAUAUGAGUCGGCCUCGUCGUAAAAGAAACCAGAACAGUAGGAGCCGUUUUGACCGCGGGAGGAACCUUGUUUUGCCGGGUCCGGUGAUAAUAAGACCAGAUAUUCGCACUCGUAAAAGCGGAGGGUACACCCAUACUAGGCAACUUAGA